CUUGAGGCGGAACCGUUUCCUGCUCCUGGGUCCGUGUCAGUGGAGACCAGCCCGGAACCCGAGUCCAGCACGGAACCACAGAGCAGCCGAGCCGGGGGUAGAGCAGAGGCCCGGACACCGCGAGCAGGCUCCGUUACCGGAAACACCGGGACCACUCGGGAGGAUGGCGAAGACGUACGACUAUCUGUUCAAGCUGCUGCUGAUCGGGGACAGCGGCGUCGGUAAGACCUGUCUCCUGUUCCGGUUCAGCGAGGACGCGUUCAACACCACGUUCAUCUCCACGAUCGGAAUUGAUUUUAAAAUCAGGACGAUAGAUUUUGAUGGAAAGAAAAUUAAACUUCAGAUAUGGGACACGGCGGGUCAGGAGAGGUUCAGGACCAUCACGACAGCCUAUUACAGAGGAGCCAUGGGCAUCAUGCUGGUGUAUGACAUCACCAACGAGAAAUCCUUCGACAACAUCAGGAACUGGAUCCGGAACAUUGAGGAGCACGCGUCCUCAGACGUGGAGCGAAUGGUUCUGGGAAACAAAUGUGACAUGAACGACAAGAGACAGGUGUCCAGAGAACGAGGAGAGAAGUUGGCGAUAGAUUACGGAAUCAAGUUUCUAGAAACCAGCGCAAAGUCCAGCAUCAACGUGGAGGAGAGCUUUUUCACACUCGCCAGAGACAUCAUGAUGAGACUGAACAGAAAGAUGAACGACAAUAACCCACCAGGUGGCGCUGGACCAGUGAAGAUCACAGAGUCUCGCUCCAAAAAGAGUUUCUUCAGGUGUUCACUGCUGUAGAUGGAGCCUUCCUCCUCCUCCUCCUCCUCCUCCUCCUCCUCCCGCAGCAGGAGGAACAUCAGAACUGUGGAAACAUGAAGAACUAAACAGGCUCCUCCUCCUCGUCGCUCUCUCAGGUGAAGAAGAGUUUGUAAAGAGAGAGAACGUAAGUGACGAUGAGGAGGAUGAUGAAGAUGCAGAGCUUUGUUUGAAGUUUUCAUGUUUUAAUAUUAUUUUCUUUCAGAGUUUAAAAGUUUCAGCACUGAAUUUAUUUUUCAAAGAUCAAAGCCUUAAAGGAUCAGAAAAUCAUUUUAUAGAUUCUAUUCAUGUUUUACUUCACACUCAAAUAAACUUAGAAUUAUAUUUAUAAUUUUAAUAAAAUUAUGAAAAAGUAUUAUCAUUUAUUUUUAAAGUCUUGGGUUGAAUUUCAGUCAGUUAUGUUUCACCAAAAAUGUUAUUUAGAAAAAGCACCAGUAGAUUUUUUUAAAUUAAUUUAGGAAAAUAUGAAUCUAAAAUAAAAAUAAAUUUUAUUUCAGAUUCAAUUUUUCAUCUAUUUUACAGUAGUUUAAUAUGAUCCUGGUCAUUAACGAUUGUAUUUCUCUAAUAUUUAAAACUGCGUCGUCAUGGCGAUGAUGAUAAUUUAUUAAUGAAUCAAUAAUUAUUGAUUAUCUGAUGAUUGGAAUGAUUCAUAUUCAUCAUCAACCUGUUUUAUUCACUGUCGUCAUGUGACUGAAGGAUCAGAAUCAUAUGAAGGUGUUGAACUGUGUGACGUGUUUACAGACUCACUGCAGCAGUAUUAUUAUUAUUAGUCAUAUUAUUCAUCAAUGAUAAAACUGUUAGACUAUUAAUCAGUUAUUUUAUUCCUCCAUUAUAUUAUCAAUCAUCUUAUUGUCUUUAUUAACUCGCGUCCUGCUGCUCUUUCUAUUUUUUAAUGAUGUUUCAAUCAAACUCAUUUUCAUUCAAGGUCACAUAUCAAUCAAGAUGAUCAAUAUUAUAAAAAAUCUUAUCAACCUGAUUAAUUCUGAUAUUAUUUUAAAAAACACUAAUACUUGUCUUUCAUUAAGAAUUCACGAGUAUUUUGUAUCGCUUAUACAUUAUUCUAAUCUCCCCCUCAACUUCAAUAACCAUCGUUUAUGUCGUUCAUGUUUUUAUAAGAAACAAAACAAAAUAUAUUUUAUUUUUUUAACUUUUAUUUUGUUCUUCAGUGUUUUUUCUGUGAAAUGCGAAAAAGUUAAAAAUUAAGACUUGUAUCAAUAAGUCUAAAAACUGUUGAUGAUAAUCAGCUGAUCGAUAAGAAUCUGGUUCAUUUCAGCUUUUUCUCUUUUUACUGAUUAUUUUCUGUUUCAUUAUAAAACUUUUUCAGUUCGUUUUUUAAUUUGUUUAAAUGUUUUUAUUUUCACUUGGUAACUAUUCUAUGCAAAAAUGUCUUAUGAUAAAAAGUGUUGAUGUUUAUAUUAUUGAAGAACAUUUUUCAUUUUAUUUUCACAUUAAAAUCCGAGUCUGACAUUGUUACACAGAAAACUUCAAAUGAUGAUCCAGAUUUUUUGUGUAAAAAUCUGAAGAAUUACGUGCUUUUCUUGGAGUGAAAGGUUUUAUUGUGAAAAUAAAUCAUGGACGAUUGCGAUCAUCAUCACGGUGGUGACCUUUGACCUCCACUUCCUGUUUGUGAUCACACUGCAACUGAUUGUAAAAAAAAUGAAAUAAAAUACUUUUUCUAUCAACUUCAUAA